AUGAAAGUAAUUUUUACCGCCUUUCUGGCGAAUUUGUGCUUGGGGUGGGUGUUGGGAAACGAUCCGGUUUCUCUGGUAUUAUCCACCGAUCCCACACCGGUAACUCCUUCAACUACAAUCAAGCCUCUUCCAAUUUAUCCGAUACCGCCACAGCCUAUAGAUCCGGGUUUUGCACCUUCAUUUUCUUUAUCUCCUUUACCACCUCCACCAUCAAACAAAGAGGAACAUAAACCCGAAGCGAUCAUAGAUCAAUUCAACAUCACAUCGAAAAUCUCCAAUCGCUUCGCCAAGACUUUGAUAACCAGCAAAGUUAAAAACCCGGCGGCCAAUGCAAAUGAGGUGGUGUUUAGCGUUGUUUUGCCGGAAAACGCUUUCAUUUCCGAGUUUGUCAUGGAAAUCGAUGGAAAAAGUUACAAGGCGUACGUCAAGGAAAAAGAAGAAGCCAAAGCUAUUUACGAUAAGGCUGUUCAAAGUGGACGAUCAGCUGGUCAUGUAGCAACAAGCGUGAGAGAUUCUAACAGAUUCACGGUAUCAGUUAACGUGGAACCCGAAAAGAAAGUCACAUUCCUGCUAACCUACGAAGAGCUAUUACAAAGAAGAAACUCCCAAUACGAAUUAGUUCUUAACGUCAACCCGGGCCAAAUUGUCCAAGACAUGAACAUUGAAGUGUUUGUAAACGAAAGCAGACCGUUGCAAUUCGUGCGUACGCCCUCUCUGCGAACUGGAAACGAAAUUUCCAAGUCCAAAAAUGAAUUGGACCCGAAAACUCAGAUAGAAAUUAUCAAUUCCACUAGCGCGGUGGCAACUUUCAAACCCAACGCCAUGCAACAGAAGGAGUUCGCUAAGGAAUUGGGAGGCAAAGAGAACGACGGACUGUCCGGGCAAUUCGUACUACAAUAUGACGUGGAAAGGGAAUCCAAUAAUGGAGAGGUUCUUCUUCAAGACGGAUAUUUCGUUCACUUUAUAGCUCCUGAUGAUUUGCCUGCUCUGCCCAAGCACAUAGUGUUCGUUUUGGACACCAGUGGUAGCAUGUUCGGAAGGAGAAUAGAGCAACUCAAAGAAGCUAUGGUUAGCAUUCUCGAUCAAUUAAGAGAAGGAGACUCUUUCCACAUUAUCGAAUUCAACACCAACGUGUUCGUUUGGGACAUCGACAAGCCAGAAAGAGUUUGGGCUGAUAUCAAAAACGAGAAGGAGCCCUUCGAGGAUUUACUCAAAAAGGAAUAUCCAUCUGCUGUUCCGGUAACCAAGGAGUCAGUGGCUAAAGGAAAACACGUGAUCGGAUUGCUUCAAGACGAUUCAUUAACUAACAUUCUAUCGAGUUUAGAAACGGCGCUUCACGUGGUCAAUGUAGCCGUAAAGAAAGGUAAAGAAGGAGGCGCUAAACAACCAAUCGUCGUGUUCCUAACAGACGGCGAUCCGACAGUUGGUAACACCAACACCGACGAUAUUACAAGUAUAGUAACGAAAAUCAACUCGGAGAAAGACCAAGUACCAUUGUUCUCGCUGUCCUUCGGCGAUGGCGCCGAUAAGAACUUCCUGCGGAAGAUAUCGUUGAAGAACAACGGAUUCGCCAGGCACAUAUACGAAGGACCCGACGCCGCUAUACAACUGAAGGAAUUCUACAAGCAGAUAUCGUCGCCUCUACUGGCUCAUAUCACUUUCAAAUACACCUCCGAGGUGAAGGACGUGCCGAAGAGGGUCUUCCCUAUCUACUUCAAAGGAGGCGAACUCGUGGUCGCCGGACGAACGAAAGAGAAAACAUUGCAGUGCACGAUAAUUGGAUCGCAUUUGAACGGAACUACUGAGCUCCGUUCUGUGGAGGAGAAGCCGGUGGGUUCUUUGGAAAGAUUGUGGGCUUAUUUGACGAUCAAGCAAAAGUUGGAGGAGAGAAAAGUUGCUGAAAAUAAAACGGUUUUGACCAAGGAAGCUUUAGAUUUAGCGUUGAAAUACUCCUUCGUUACGGAUGUUAGUUCGUUGGUAGUGGUGAAGCCUAAUGAUAGCAGCGUUGCUGAUACCGAAGAUGCGUCUAAAAAACAUGGCGGCUCGAGGGGAGGUUUUGGGUAUGCGGCAUCCAUGGUGCCUAUGAGAAUGUCACCAGGUGCACAUUAUUACGGCAAAUCUUCCUUCUUACGAACAUCUACGGCAUUCCAAGGCUUAAACGGACCACCUCUGAUGGCAGGACAAUCAAAUUACCUUAUUCCAGGACGCAGGUACUAUCAUAGUAAGCCAAUGGUGGCUACUGCUUUGGAUCCAGUCUUUGAUCCAGUCAUUGAUCCAGUCCCCGUGCCAGCACCUCUACCUAUGCCUGUACCUAUACCUAUGGUACUUGUUAAAAGAUUACCCUGGCUGAGUAACGUUUUGAAUCCGAAUAAUACACUCACUAUUAAAGGAACUCUGGUCGAUCUGGGUGAGCACGUAUCCAUUUUAGGGACAGAAAAUUGUACCGGAACGCCGAAAAAUAACACAGAAAUCGGUACUUGUACUUUGCUUUCUCAGUGUCCUCAUGUUUAUUCGUUAUUGACGGAUUUCCAAGCCUAUGAAAGCGUUUCUUGCAUUGUACAAAAUAAUUACGCUGGAAUUUGCUGCCCACCCGUAACCAAUCUUGUUCCCUAG